AGCGAGGAGCCUUUAUGGGAGUAGUCGGCGGAAUCUCGACGCUUUUACGAUGUGCGCCGGCUGCUGGUCGGAGUAAAAACAGGCGUCCGGGGAACGUUGGACAGACAGCCGAGGAAGUUCAGAGAACGCUGCAUUUAGGGGCGUCAAGUGGUGGUUCUACUGACUUGAUCGUUGAGCAUUUAAUUUAAGCAUUAAUCGCUUGGGAAAGGGGCGUCGGAUAUUGAGAGAGCUCGUCAGCAGUGGCAACGUCAAAGAUAUUUUUUUUUUCUUUAAAGAGAAGAAAAUAAGCCAGCGAUCGUCGAAAGUGCAGCAGCGCCUUUUCGCCACGACAAGGGACGCCGAAGAUUUAAACAACAGAAGAGGAAACCCGCUGCUAGGUCUUCAGUCUUAAUCUCAAGGUUGCGGAUUGCUCUCAGAGCCAGGACAACGGUUCAAUCUGUCUACGCUGUUCUCUUUCGAUCGUCGCGCGUUACAGCGUGUUCCUUCACCGAAGACGUGCGAAUCAGCUUCCUUUAGUUCGAACCCAAGGCACUUGGAUUACCGUGUGGUUGACGCUCGAGCUUCUUUACUUAUCUGACGUGUUCGACAGCCAAGGAUCGGUGACACUUCGAUACCGUUUCAUCGAAGAAAACAAGGAGUACAACAGCACAACCAGCGCUGCAACGCGUAUAUGCGAUAUGCAGUGAUCCGAAUAUCCAUCGCCUUGCUGCAACCUUGAGGGACAUCGCACCGUACAGCAUCGAAGUUGACGCUCCAAGCGGCGCCCAAACGCGCGUGCUCGAGCCAACGCUGUGCAUCGUCAAGUUUGUGUACACAUAUGUACUAGUCCGCGCCGCUCAUAUCUCGUGCAAUACCGCGAGAAACAACGCGGCUUUGGUAGUUAGCGCUUGCACGAACGUCGUCUGUAUCUUGCCAGGUGGAACUCGUUCGGCUCUCGCACGGUUGCUUAGCUGCAGCGAGGGCCCGUUUUUAUCGCCGUACUUUCAUUUCCCGGCCAGAGCGUCAGAACAGUCGCUGUACACAAUGGGAGCGGUUGCGUCGCGUAGCAUAGUCAAAGACGCGGCGCGCGCAGUUUGUGCUGCUAGGAUCGGCAACCGGUCACCAGCCGCGGCGUAUUCGACGGGCGUCCAGCGAGAGAUUGGCGUACUGGGAGUCCCUCUUCAUCAAGGACAGCGAAAGCUUGGAGUCGAAGAGGCACCGAAGAUCCUGCGCGACGCUGGACUCCUUGACCAGCUCAGAGGCUUAGGUUAUCUUGUCAAAGAUUUCGGCGAUGUUCGAGUAGAAGGCGAGCCAAAUGUCACCGACUGCAACGCUAUCGAGUCGGACAUCGUGGGAAGGACAAGCAAGAAUGUCCGCGACGCCGUGGCCGAGGUUCUCCGCUCGGGCCGCGUGUCGCUGAACCUGGGCGGCGACCACACCAUGGCCAUCGGCACCGUCAACGGCCACGCGCAAGCCACGCACUCGGACCUGGCCGUCAUAUGGGUGGACGCGCACGCCGACAUCAACACGCCCACUUCCUCCGAAUCAGGCAACAUCCAUGGCAUGGCCGUCGCUUUCCUGUUGCACGAGAUGGCCCCGUACGUCGUGAAGCCAAAGGGGUUCGAGUGGUUGCAGCCCUGCGUCCACAAGGAGAACUUUGCUUUCAUAGGUCUGAGGGACGUCGAUGACUACGAGCGGUACUUCCUCGACCAACUCGGCUUAACGGUCUACGACAUGGCCGAUGUGGACCGACACGGGAUCCGAAACGUCGUCCAGAGAAUACUCAACAAGAUCAAUCCUACAGGCACGAAAUCGCUACACGUCAGCUACGACAUCGACUCUCUCGACAAGUUGGUAGCGCCGAGCACGGGGACGCCCGUCAUGGGAGGUCUUACUCUUCGAGAAGGAUUAAUCAUCGCUGAAGAAGUCAGCAACUCAGGUCAGCUAAGGGCUCUGGACUUGGUCGAAGUGAACCUGCGGCUGGGCAGCAGGCAGGAUGCCGAGAACACCCUGGAGUGCAGCCUGAAGGUCGUCGACGCCUUCUUCGGCAGCCAGCGACGCGGAAACCUGCCCCUUCAUCUCGACAAGAACGUCGUCGAGCCGCGACAUGGGUCCUAGCUGACAGGGAAGCCCACUUUAGCGACGCUCUAUCUACGCUCCAAAAGUUAGGAAGCACCAGUAUGGAAAGGAGAGCGAAGGUGCGCCCUGCAA